AUGAAAGAAGAAAGUUCAACUUAUGACAUAAAAUCCACUGCGAUUAUGGACACGGAUCCAUCAAUAGCUGAAGGGACUUCAACGUUUGGUCAAUCUAGUAAUGAUUUUAAAUCGGAAACUUCGAGCGUAGAAUGGGACGUGAAAAUGGAGAUAGAAUUUUUUCGUGCCAUUAUGAAACAUAGACCAGUCGGAAUUCAUCGUCACUUCCACAUGGUAAACGUCCACCGCGACUUUAAUGCUAAUAGCGCAGUAAAGUGCACAAUACCGGAAUUGUGGGAACGAUUUGGAACAUACUUUAACCUGUCCAAACUUGAAGAAUUAGACCGAGAAUUCAAUGAAGAAGUAGAUGAAGAUAGUGCAUACGUAGAAUUUAAUCUGCCAAUGGAUGAAUAUUAUAACCUUAUGAUUGAAAAUAGUAAGGCAGGUUCAUCGCGCGGACCAUCACCAUCACCUGCGCCAUCGAGAAGUCAGAAAGGGCGUAAAGAACCAUCACCCUCAUCGUCACGUUCUUCUCCCGAUUCCUCGCUGGAACCUGAAGAUACCAAGAAAACUCGAAGAACUCGUACGGCGAGAAAGCCGGACACAAUAGAGGCCGCCAAAACACCAUCUGCGAAACGUACUGGUGUUGGCAGAUCAAGAAAAGCAUCUGAUGCCGUUGCAACAUCAAGUGGAGCUCCAAAACGUGGUGGCCGCAAAAAGAAACAAUAG